CCACAGCACUUCCUCAAAUGCCCCGAGCGGCCCCGGGGAGCGGCCCGGGCUGGGCUGGAGGGCCCCGGGCCAGGACGGGGGACAAGAGGGGACCAGAGCGGGCACCACGGCGCAGCAGGGCUGGGGAAGGCAGAGCCGGGCAGGAAAGCGGGGCAGGAAAGGACUUUUAUGGGGUUUGUGCUGCUCUCAGAGGCAGGAAGCUCGCUGGCAAAGCGGCGCUCGCCGAGCCGCGACCCCACGGGACCAUCAGGGCGUGGGUCCAGCCCCGCUCCUAAACAACUCACCUUGAGGAAGGAAGGAAAACAAAACGACUUUCCUGAGCCAGAAUGUCCCUGAAGCUGCCAAGGAACUGGGAUUUCAACCUGAAGAUGGACGCUGCAAAAAUAGCCCGCUCCCGCAGUGUGGUGGCCGCGGACCCCUCCGUGCUGCCCCCUCCGCAGAAGCUGGGCUGGCUGCGCAAGCAGCGCGCCCUGGUGCGGAACUGGCAGCUGCGCUUCUUCGUGCUGCGCGGGCAGCAGCUGCUCUACUACAAGGACGAGGAGGAGGCCAAGCCGCAGGGCUGCCUGGCUCUCCAGGGGAGCUCCAUCAACGUGCUGGCCACAAACCCCGAGGAGGGAGGGAAAUUCAUCUUUGAGAUCAUCCCGGGGCCGGCGGGCGAGCAGCCGCGGCCGGCGCAGGAGCCCUGUGUGCUGAUGGCGAGCUCGCAGGCCGAGCUGGAGGAGUGGGUGACAUCCAUCCGCAGGGCGCUGGGCUCGGCCUCGGGAGCGGUGUUCGGGCAGUGCCUGGCACAGACCAUGGCCCACGAGCAGAAGUUUGGGCAGCACCUGGUGCCCCUGGUGGUGCAGAAGAGCGCCGAGUUCAUCCUGGAGCACGGCGUGGCCGAGGAGGGGAUCUUCCGCCUGCCCGGCCAGGACAGCCUGGUCCGGCAGCUCCGCGACGCCUUCGACGCCGGCGAGAGACCCUCCUUCCACAGGGACACCGACGUGCACACCGUGGCCUCCCUGCUGAAGCUGUACCUGCGCGAGCUGCCCGAGCCCGUGGUGCCCUGGCUGCAGUACGAGGAUUUCCUGCUCUGUGGGCAGGCCCUGGAGGCUGACGAGACAAAGGGCCAGCAGGAGCUCGUGAAGCAGCUGUCCCUCCUCCCCAGAGACAACUACAACCUCCUCAGCUUCCUCUGCAGGUUUCUCUAUGAAAUCCAACUGAACUCCAGCGUCAACAAGAUGAGCGUGGACAACCUGGCCACAGUGAUGGGGGUGAACCUGAUCAGGCCCAGGGUGGAGGAGCCUGCAGUCAUCAUGAGAGGCACGCCCCGGGUGCAGAGGGUGAUGACAGCGCUGAUCAGCCACCACCAGCAGCUCUUUCCCCCCUCCAAGGAUGUGCCUCCCUCCCCACCUGCCCCGAAACACGAGAAGAAGGCUCCUGUCCCUCGCAGCUCCGUGGGCUGGGGGGCUGCAGAGGACCUCCGAGGCUCCACCCAAAGGCAGAGG